AUGGUGAUCCAGGGACACAGCAUCGCGGCAUUGCCCGGAGCAGAGUGCAAUGGGGAAUCUGGCUCCCAUCCUGAGGAUGCACCCACAUCCUGGGGGGCGGGGAGCCAGGCCUCAGGUACGAACCUGGAAGUGGGAGGUGAAAGAGCAAAUCCAGAAGGCAGCUUGCAGAGGGCCUUUAAGAUCAGCGAUCUGCGGUCGGGGAAGAGACCCACGGGCCUUACCUAUAGCUGGGCCAGGCCUGAGACGUGCUAUGUGCCUCCUGCCGGGGAGGGCUUCUUAAUGAUGCUCUUGUGGAUACCAAGGCCCCGCCGAGUGAAGGGAGGUCUCAUCGGGGCUCAGAGCAGUGUGCAGACGAUCUUGCCCCCUGCCAGGCCCCACCCUGUCUCCUGCCUGAGGUCUGAUGUUAAGUUAGAAGGAGCUGAUGAGACGGGGGUAACGAACCAAGCCCCAGACACAAGGGUAUAUUUACUCACGUCUGUUUUGUCUGCAGGUGGCUGUUCCUUUGAUGACCACUACAGCAACUGUGGUUACAGCGUGGCCCUGGGGACCAAUGGCUUUACCUGGGAGCAGAUUAACACGUGGGAGAAACCAAUGUUGGACCCAGCGGUGCCUACAGGAUCCUUCAUGAUGGUGAACAGCUCUGGGAGGGCCUCUGGCCAGAAGGCGCACCUUCUCCUGCCGACCCUGAAGGAGAAUGACACCCACUGCAUCGAUUUCCAUUACUACUUCUCCAGCCGCGACAGGUCCAGCCCGGGGGCCUUGAAUGUCUAUGUGAAGGUGAACGGUGGACCCCAGGGGAACCCUGUCUGGAACGUGUCUGGGGUCGUCACUGAGGGCUGGGUGAAGGCAGAGCUUGCCAUCAGCACCUUCUGGCCACAUUUCUACCAGGUGAUAUUUGAAUCCGUCUCUCUGAAGGGUCAUCCUGGCUACAUCGCUGUGGACGAGGUCCGGGUCCUUGCCCAUCCAUGCAGAAAAGCACCUCAUUUUCUGCGGCUCCAAAAUGUCGAGGUGAAUGUGGGGCAGAAUGCCACCUUUCAGUGCAUUGCUGGUGGAAAGUGGUCUCAGCAUGACAAACUUUGGCUCCAGCAAUGGAAUGGCAGGGACACGGCCCUCAUGGUCACCCGCGUGGUCAACCACAGGCGCUUCUCGGCGACAGUCAGUGUGGCGGACACUACCCAGCGGAGUGUGAGCAAGUACCGCUGUGUGAUCCGCUCUGACGGUGGCUCUGGUGUGUCCAACUACGCUGAGCUGAUUGUGAAAGAGCCUCCCACGCCCAUCGCCCCCCCAGAGCUGCUGGCCGUGGGGGCCACAUACCUGUGGAUCAAGCCGAAUGCCAACUCCAUCAUUGGAGACGGCCCCAUCAUCCUGAAGGAAGUGGAAUACCGCACCACCACCGGCACCUGGGCGGAGACCCACAUCGUCGACUCUCCCAACUAUAAGCUGUGGCAUCUGGACCCCGACGUGGAGUAUGAGAUCCGGGUGCUGCUCACGCGACCAGGGGAAGGGGGCACGGGGCCACCAGGGCCUCCGCUCACCACCAGAACCAAGUGUGCAGACCCGGUGCACGGCCCGCAAAACGUGGAGAUCGUGGACAUCCGAGCCCGGCAGCUGACGCUGCAGUGGGAGCCCUUCGGCUACGCGGUGACCCGCUGCCACAGCUACAACCUCACGGUGCAGUACCAGUACGUGUUCAACCAGCAGCAGUACGAGGCCGAGGAGCUCAUUCAGACCUCCUCCCACUACACCCUGCGGGGCCUGCGUCCCUUCAUGACCAUCCGGUUGCGGCUGCUGCUGUCCAACCCCGAGGGCCGGAUGGAGAGUGAGCAGCUGGUGGUGCAGACGGAGGAGGAUGUUCCAGGAGCUGUUCCUCUGGAGUCCAUCCAAGGGGGUCCCUUUGAGGAGAAGAUCUACAUCCAGUGGAAACCUCCCAAUGAGACCAACGGGGUCAUCACGCUCUACGAGAUCAACUACAAGGCCGUGGGCUCAUUGGACCCGAAUGCCGACCUCUCCAGCCAGAGGGGCAAAGUGUUCAAGCUUCGGAAUGAAACCCACCACCUCUUUGUGGGUCUGUACCCCGGGACCACCUACUCUUUCACCAUCAAGGCCAGCACAGCAAAGGGCUUUGGGCCCCCUGUUACCACCAGGAUCGCCACCAAAAUUUCAGCUCCAUCGAUGCCUGAAUAUGACACAGACACCCCACUGAAUGAAACAGACACGACCAUCACAGUGAUGCUGAAGCCCGCUCAGUCUCGGGGAGCCCCUGUCAGUGUUUAUCAGCUGGUUGUCAAGGAAGAGCGACUUCAGAAGUCACGGAGGGCAGCUGACAUCAUUGAGUGCUUUUCGGUGCCGGUGAGCUAUAGGAAUGCCUCCAGCCUCGAUUCUCUACACUACUUUGCUGCUGAAUUGAAGCCUGCCAACCUGCCUGUCACCCAGCCAUUCACAGUGGGUGACAACAAGACAUACAAUGGCUACUGGAACCCACCUCUUUCCCCUCUGAAAAGCUACAGCAUCUACUUCCAGGCACUCAGCAAAGCAAAUGGAGAGACCAAAAUCAACUGUGUUCGUCUGGCUACGAAAGCACCAAUGGGCAGCGCCCAGGUGACCCCGGGGACUCCACUCUGCCUUCUCACCACAGGUGCCUCCACUCAGAAUUCCAACACCGUGGAGCCGGAGAAGCAGGUGGACAAUACUGUGAAGAUGGCCGGCGUGAUCGCUGGCCUUCUCAUGUUCAUCAUCAUUCUCCUGGGUGUGAUGCUCACCAUCAAAAGGCGAAGAAAUGCUUAUUCCUACUCCUAUUACUUGAAGCUGGCCAAGAAGCAGAAGGAGACACAGAGUGGAGCGCAGAGGGAGAUGGGGCCCGUGGCCUCGGCCGACAAACCCACCACCAAGCUCAGCACCAGCCGCAACGACGAAGGCUUCUCCUCUAGUCCACAGGACGUUAAUGGAUUCACAGAUGGCAGCCGUGGGGAGCUGUCCCAGCCCACCCUCACGAUCCAGACUCACCCCUACCGCGCCUGCGACCCCGUGGAGAUGAGCUAUCCCCGGGACCAGUUCCAGCCCGCCAUCCGGGUGGCUGACCUGCUCCAGCACAUCACUCAGAUGAAGAGAGGCCAGGGCUACGGGUUCAAGGAGGAAUAUGAGGCCUUACCGGAGGGGCAGACAGCCUCGUGGGACACAGCCAAAGAGGAUGAAAACCGCAACAAGAAUCGAUACGGCAACAUCAUAUCCUAUGACCAUUCUCGAGUGAGGCUGCUGGUGCUGGAUGGAGACCCACACUCCGACUACAUCAACGCCAACUACAUUGAUGGGUACCAUCGACCUCGGCACUACAUUGCUACUCAAGGUCCCAUGCAGGAGACCGUAAAGGACUUCUGGAGAAUGAUCUGGCAGGAGAACUCGGCCAGCAUCGUCAUGGUCACAAACCUCGUGGAAGUGGGCAGGCACCCAGCGGGACACACUGUGGGAAAUGCCACUCUAAGCCUCUCGGCGUCCCCCGGAAUGGUGAAGUGUGUGCGAUACUGGCCGGAUGACAUGGAGGUCUAUGGAGACAUUAAAGUCACCCUGAUCGAAACAGAGCCCCUGGCAGAGUAUAUCAUCCGCACCUUCACGGUCCAGAAGAAAGGCUACCAUGAGAUCCGGGAGCUCCGCCUCUUCCACUUCACCAGCUGGCCCGACCACGGCGUCCCCUGCUAUGCCACCGGCCUCCUCGGCUUUGUCCGCCAGGUCAAGUUCCUCAAUCCCCCAGAAGCUGGGCCCAUAGUGGUCCACUGCAGUGCUGGUGCCGGGAGGACUGGCUGCUUCAUCGCCAUCGACACCAUGCUUGACAUGGCCGAGAACGAAGGGGUGGUGGACAUCUUCAACUGCGUGCGUGAGCUCCGGGCCCAGAGGGUCAACCUGGUACAGACGGAGGAGCAGUAUGUGUUUGUGCACGACGCCAUCCUAGAAGCGUGUCUCUGCGGCAACACGGCCAUCCCGGUAUGCGAGUUCCGCUCUCUCUACUACAAUAUCAGCAGGCUGGACCCCCAGACCAACUCCAGCCAAAUCAAAGACGAAUUUCAGACCCUCAACAUCGUGACUCCUCGUGUCCGGCCCGAGGACUGCAGCAUUGGUCUCCUGCCCCGGAACCAUGAUAAGAAUCGGAGCAUGGAUGUCCUGCCUCUGGACCGCUGCCUGCCUUUCCUCAUCUCGGUGGAUGGAGAAUCCAGCAACUACAUCAAUGCGGCACUGAUGGAUAGCCACAAGCAGCCUGCCGCUUUCGUGGUCACACAACACCCUCUACCCAGCACCGUGGCGGACUUCUGGAGGCUGGUGUUCGACUAUAACUGCUCUUCUGUGGUGAUGCUGAAUGAGCUCGACACUGCCCAGCUCUGUAUGCAGUACUGGCCUGAGAAGACCUCGGGGUGCUACGGGCCCAUCCAGGUGGAAUUCGUCUCCGCAGAUAUCGAUGAGGACAUCAUCCACAGAAUAUUCCGCAUCUGUAACAUGGCUCGGCCACAGGAUGGAUAUCGUAUAGUCCAGCACCUCCAGUACAUUGGCUGGCCUGCCUACCGGGACACGCCCCCCUCCAAGCGCUCUCUGCUCAAAGUGGUCCGACGGCUGGAGAAGUGGCAGGAGCAGUACGAUGGGAGGGAGGGACGCACUGUGGUCCACUGCCUAAAUGGGGGAGGCCGCAGUGGAACCUUCUGUGCCGUCUGCAGCGUGUGUGAGAUGAUCCAGCAGCAAAACAUCAUCGACGUGUUCCACAUCGUGAAAACAUUACGUAACAACAAGUCCAACAUGGUGGAGACCCUGGAACAGUAUAAAUUUGUAUACGAGGUGGCACUGGAAUAUUUAAGCUCCUUUUAG